CGACGGCUUAGAUUGACAGUAGGUAGCAUAGAUGGUAUCGACCUCUCUCAUGGGGAAUCUUAAUUGCACUUAAGAGAGACAUCCAUCAAAUACAAUCCAUGAAUUCUUUUGGAGAGCAAAACUUAAAAAACAGCCAAAUUAAAAACCUGUCCCUCUUAAUUUCUCUCUCUCUCUCUCUCUCUCUCUCUCUCUCUCUCUCUCUCUCUCUCUCUCUCUCAUUGUAACCCUAACUCGAUAGUGAGUUAAGAACACCCUCCGCCCCCUUUGUGUAUAUAUAUAGCCAGCUAGCAGCUGCCAUGGCUAUAACAGAGAGAGCAAGUGCUUUAGUAAUGAUGAAAUUCUCAAGCCUUCCAAGCAAUGACCCAAAGCCCAGAACCACCGACCCCAAAUCCAUCGCCUCCUCGUCCGCCAAACCCUCCAAGGACCGCCAUGCAAAGGUGAACGGCCGGGACCGCCGCAUCAGAAUCCCGCCGCUGUGCGCCGCCCGCAUCUUCCAGCUUACCCGCGAGCUUGGCUUCCGGACUGAUGGGGAAACCAUCGAAUGGCUUCUCCACCAGGCCGAGCCCUCCAUCAUCGCCGCCACCGGCACCGGCGUCGUCCCCGCCUACAUCCCCACUCCUUCCUCCGCUGCUGCUGCUGCCGCCGCCGCUGCUGCCGCUGCCGCAGCCAGUGCAAUGCCCAUUGCUUGUUACGCACCACCUAUGCAACCACAAGUGGCCUUCUCUUCCAACCCAUGUUCCUCGGUUCCUCCGAGCUUCGCUGCUCCUGUAGUGGACUAUGGAGGGCUGACGAGGUUCGAAUCUGGCACUCCAGCGUUCGACCAGUACUUCGACAUGCUGGCAGCGCUCGGAGUGGAUUUGUCUGCAGCCGAGGUCACAGCUAGUCCAGCAGACGUGUCCUUCUCGGCUGUGAUGCAGACUCUGUACGAGCAGAGCAAGGAGGGAGACCGACAGAGAGUGAGAUGAAGAAGAAGAUGUUAGCAGGUGUUAUGAAUGAAGUAGGGCGCACCUGCAGUGUCUGGUUGUCCCUGAAGAUCGACGUCUCAGGAUCGACAUAAUAUCUAUGAUCGAGUCUAUGUAUGUCUUGCUUUUUCUGUUCAUGUUAAGUCAAGCAGUGUGUCGUGAGUCUGGUGGCUUGUCAGGAUCCACUUGUUGGAUCUUUAAUUUCCAUAUAUAUAUAUAUAUAUAUGAGCUUCAUCCCAUCUUGCCAUGGGCAUCUUCCUUUCUUGUAGGUCGAUGGAGUCUGAGCUGUUGAUCAGUUAAUAUAUGGAAGCAUCGCUGUUUGCAUUA